CAGAACAGCUGACCCGCGUUGCCAACCAUUCGAGCUGUUUCAGCGAACAGAUGCUGCGUCGUAGUUGUUGUUUUCGCGUGACGUAACAGCCGGCAACGCAACAAACAUGAAAUCGAAUUUAUUUAUGGCUCAGAAGUCAAUUGAUUUUAAUUGCCGCUGCCGUAUAAGGUGAAUAAAUGUUUAUUUUGCCCAAAGUGAUGUGCUGGCGACAAAUCGAUAACAACGGCUUUAUGGAAAUUGCCGAUCAUUCAGUUUUAAGCAUUCAACACGUGUGUAGGGUGUCUGGAAAAUUGGAAAACCGACCCACCUGUGCGUUUUUAAAUGCCAUUGUUUGUAUAUGAUAUGACUUUCCAAAGGUAAACGAUGGAGUGACAGACCGUAUUAUAAAUUCGCAAUUAUCUAACAGCGAUUUCUGUGUAAAUACAUUGCGGGCACUUGGAGGUGAUAAUUUCGGAUCCGCGUAGUGAAGAGAUUAGAUUGAGCCCACGACGACGACGAGACCAUGGCAUGAAACACCAGAUUGCCCGUGAACCUAGGCAAUAUAUUGAGCUUCACCUGUCCAGAUGCAGAAAGCCGGCUAACGGCAUCCGAAUCAGCCGCUCUACGUCAGAUCUAGUGGUGUUACGAGUCGUUACGUUGCGCGUUACGUCAGUGACCGUUACACAAUUGUUAUAAUGAAGGAGUGGCUUAAGAUUUCCUGCCUGCUGUGCGUCUUCGGCUGCAUCCGCGAGAUCCGUCCGUCGGAGCCCUACGUCACGGAAUAUCUGCUCGGUCCCUGGCGGAAUAUCACAGAGGAUCAGCUAACGCAUGAUGUCUACCCAGUGGGCACCUAUUCCUACUUGGUGCAGCUGGUCUUUGUUUUCCUGAUCACAGAUUUCCUCAGGUACAAGCCCCUGAUCAUCAUUAUUGGUGCCACUGGUGUGAUCAUAUGGAGCAUGCUCAUCUGGACCACCAGUCUGCUUUCACUGCAGAUUUUAGAAGUCUUUUACGGCACAUACAUGGCCGCAGAGGUGGCCUACUAUACGUACAUCUAUGCCAAAGUGGACAAGAAGUACUAUCCCAAGGUAACCUCCCACACCCGAGCGGCUAUGUUUGCCGGCAAGCUGCUUUCCGGGAUCAUAUCGCAGCUGAUGCUCUAUCUGGAGCUGAUGAACUACAGAGAGCUCAACUAUAUAACGCUGGCCACUCAAUUAGUUGCCAUGCUUUGGGCAUUUGGCCUGCCCCGAGUGGACAAAAGUCUUUACUUCCAUCGGGAGCAGCUGCCCAGUGCGGAUCAGCAGACCCAGUUGCCCGGAGAAGGCCACCUGGAGGUGGUGGAUCAGCAUCAGGAGGGUACUCCCACGCAGCCCCGAGCAUUGGGUCUCCUGUGGCUUCACUUUCGCAAUGCCUACACCAAUCCGCGAGUCAUUCAGUGGAGUCUGUGGUACGCCAUUGGACUGGCUGGCUAUCUACAGGUUACCUACUACAUGCAGGUUCUGUGGAAAGUAAUUGAACCGGAGCCUCUGAUAGCCUGGAACGGAGCCGUGGACGCUGUUCUGACAGCUUUGGCCGCACUGUGUGCACUGGCUGCCGGCUAUCUGCACACUGGUCGCCUCAGACCACGAACUUCCCUGCUGAUCCUGGCCCUUUUGUCCGCCGUGGAGGGCGGCUGUGUGCUGAUCUGCUGCUGGACGGAGGACAUUUUCUGGUCCUAUACGGGCUUUGUGCUCUUCGGUGCCCUAUACGGCUUUACUAUCACGGUGGCCAGUGCUGAGGUGGCCCGAAAUCUGGAAGAGGACAGCUUUGGACUAGUCUUCGGCUUCAAUACUUUGGUGGCCCUCGUUUUCCAAUCGCUCUUAACCAUGAUCCUUGUCACGGAUACAGGCUUUGAGCUCGACCCCGUUGGUCAGUACACGGUCUAUGCUUUUUAUUUCAUUGCCGUGGGCUUGCUCUAUCUGAUGUCCGUGCUGGUUGAGUGGAUCUGGUGCCGCGACAGCGAUAUCGAGAAGCUGGAGAAUUCUAUGGAUACUUACAUGUACGUCGACGAUCGUGGCGGAAUGGAGUCUUGGCUGAAGAUAUCGUGGGUGCUCUGCAUAUUCGGGUUCCUGCGGGAACUCCGCCCCUCAGAGCCCUACCAUGCGGAGAUCCUGAUGGGCGAGUGGUACCACGUCACCCAGGACGAGGUCAACCGAUCCGUCUAUCCGGUGGGCACCUACGCCUACCUGUCGCUCCUAAUCUUCGUCUUCCUCAUAACGGACUUACUCAGAUACAAACCCGUGAUCAUCGCAAAUGCCAUUACGGGCAUCUGCAUCUGGGGCACGCUCAUCUGGACCAGCACUUUGGGUGGCCUGCAGGCAGUGGAGGUGUUCUAUGGCUUCUACCAGGCGGCCGAGGUGGCCUACUACUCGUACAUCUACGCCAAGGUGGACAAGCAGUACUAUCCCAGGGUGACCUCGCACACCCGGGCGGCCAUGUUCGUGGGCAAACUGGUGGCCGGACUCCUGGCCCAGCUGGUCAUCGGCAUGCAGUGGAUGAACUACAAGCAACUGUUCUACAUUUCCGUGACCUCUCAGGUUGCGGCACUGCUUUGGGCCUUUGGCCUGCCCGAAGUGGAAAAGAGUUUGUACUUCCACAACCAAACCGAAGUCACAAAGGCGGAUACUGGAGCCCAGGAGAAGGGCUUAGAUCAGGGAAAGCCAGAGGAAAUGGAGCCGAAGGCAUCGUCCAGUCCCAGUGAGAAGAUACCAGCCUGGCAGCUCCUUUGGUCACAUUUCCGUAGUGCCUAUACCCAUGGCCAAGUAAUCCAAUGGAGUUUAUGGUACGCCAUUAGCCUGGCUGGAUUUCUGCAGAUUACCACCUACAUGCAGGUGGUGUGGAAGUCUUUCGAGAAUGAGCCAACAAUUGCUUGGAAUGGAGCUGUGGACGUGGCUCUGACCCUUCUGAGUGCUGUCUUUGCCCUCCUCGCCGGUUACUUCCAUGCCGGACGUUUGAGCACCAGGAGCAGCCUGCUCUCGAUGGCCCUUCUGUCGAUCCUCGAGGGCGGUUGUGUGCUCCUUUCCUGCUGGACCGCCAACAUAUACCUUUCCUACCUGGGCUACGUGCUCUACGGCGGGUUAUUCGCCUUUACCAUAACGGUGGCCAGUUCUGAGUUGGCCAGCAGCUUAUUGGAGGACAGCUUCGCUCUGGUGUUCGGUUUCAACACUUUUGUUGGCCUCAUCCUGCAAUGCAUCCUCACAUUCGCUGUCGUCUCAGAGAAAGCGAAUCUAAAUCUUGAUGUUUUCCAGCAGUUCACGGUCUACGCAUUUUAUUUCAUAGUUAUUGGAGUAGUAUAUUCAAUAGGCGUUGUACUACAAUAUUUAUGGUCAUGCUUGAAGAGAUCAAAGUCGAUUCAAGUAAACUAAACAGUUACUGAGCUUUAUAAGACAGUUUGAUAAAAGAUUAGAUAUUUGUAUGUUAUUAUUGGUUGAAAAUGUAGAGUUUAGUAGUAUUUUUUAAAUAAAAUACAUCACAAUUAA